CCGGACUAUGCCAGUUCCCUAUCGCACACAAUCACACGAAAAGACUGCAAUAUCCUGCACAAGGAAAGCGCUUUCGAUAUCCCCGAUGCAAGAGUCCGGGACGAGCUCUUAAGGAGCUACAUUCAAUUCGUGCACCCUGCACUCCCAAUUUUGAACCUGGGGGAUUUCUUGAUGGUCAUUGAUAAGAGCUAUACUGGUGGCGCGGGUAUCAGUUUCCUUUUGUUUCAAGCUGUCAUGUUCGCGGCUACUGCAUUCGAGACAGAGGAGUCCCUCGCACUGGAGGGAUUCAAAGAUCGGAGAGAAGCACGUAAGACACGGUUUGAUCGACUCAGGAUGCUGUAUUCGUUUGGCUGCGAGGACGACCGUGUGACAAUCUUACAGACGGUCCUGUUGAUGACGUACUGGGAUGACAAAUCUGAUGACGGUCGUGAUGCCUGGUAUUUUGUUAGUAUAGCCAAGGCAAUUUGGAGAUCCAUUGAGAUGAAGCCGACGAGUUCGGAAACCGAAUUGAAACAACAGAAACAAGGGCUUUGGGAACGAAUUUCCUGGUCAUGCUACAUCAGAGAUCGGUUGGUUGCCAUCAGCAUGAGACGCCCAUUUCACAUCGAUGAGGCCGAUUUCCAGACUCCGAUGCUCAGACCCUCGGACUAUGAAGUAGGACCAAUAUCGACCAAAUGUUGCCUUGGUAGCGACGGAAGCCACCCAGCUAUCAGAGAUCCUUCCAUGCACAGGCUGUUAGCUCAGAUUAGCAUAGCCUUGGUGCAAUGCUGCAAAUACAUCACACACAUCAUAAACUGUCAGUACACCGUCUCUCACGAGCAAAGGGGACCAGAGAACACAUCCAAAAAAUUCCUGGUUCCCAAAUAUGAUACUGCAACGAGCGCGGAAGUGUUGCUUCGAGAUAGCGAACUUGAGGAAUGGCAUGACUCUUUACCGGAUUUCCUGCGAUGGCACCCAUCCGAUCCGCUUCACCAAAUCAAUAAACACGGCGACGUGGUUCUUCUUUUUCGGGCAAUGCUGAAUGGUAUCUACAGCCUCGCAUGCAGUGCCCUGCAUAGGCCGCAGCUUACCUCAACUAGCCCCAAGCUUCCUGAGCUGGCGGAAUUAUCAAAUCGGCGGGUGCAUUCUUCGGCUAUCGCAAUAACAAACACAUAUAGCUAUUUCAAACUACGAGGCCCAAAAUCCUUGCUUCCGGAUGGCCAAGUUGCCAUGCUCGAGACCGCCAUCAUCACACACCUCGGCGAUCUAACGUCCACAAUUUCUUCGACGCGUCAGGCAGCCAUUUUAAAUUUCCAAUCAUGCGCACAGGCUUUGAAAAAGCUUGGAGAAACGUAUCCGUCGGCCGACCUAGCCCUUGCUUUUGUGGACGCCGCUGUUCGG